CAAAGAUCAUCCCUAACCAUGCUUCCCUGAGGCACUUUGACCUGAAGAUACAAGAAAUUGACCCGUAAAACUUUAGACUAUAUAAUAAUCUGUCAAGGCCCUGCUUUGUGUGUCCAAACUGACAGGAGAGAAGCAAGCGCACAAGGCAGCAGAAUUUUGAAGAGGGCAAAAUGUUUACCUCAGGAAUUUCUGAACAAAUUUUGCCACAUCCUUUCAGCUGAAUUUCUCUGAACUCCUGAAUAAAUUUGCCUCAUACGGGAGACAGAAGUUCCAAGAUUUCAACAGCUAGAAUACUCUGGGGAACAGAAGAGCCUUCUCACCAGAGCCGAAAGCAGGUCAGAAAGCAAGGACUUGUUAGCAAUGCAGCCACCAGAGGAGUACCUUUUCAGCCACAAAAGAUUUUAUUUCCAACCACAGUUGGCUACAGCAGAAUACCUAGAUUCACUGGAAGAUUUUGAAAUCAGAGACAGUGAUGUAUUUCUAGUCACUUAUCCCAAAUCAGGCACAACAUGGACUCAAAACAUUUUGAGCCUGAUUUAUCAUGAAGGUCAUCGAGAUGGAACUGAGGACAUUGAUUUACUUGACAGAGUCCCGUGGCUGGAGUACAAUAUCCGUGGUACAGAUUACAUUAAUCGCCCAUCCCCUCGACUCUUUGCAUGCCAUCUACCCUACUAUAUGGUACCAAAGGGGUUAAGAAACAAAAGAGGAAAAGUUAUUUAUGUGUCAAGAAACCCAAAGGAUGUCUUGGUUUCCUAUUACCAUUUUUCCAAAAUUGCAGUCAAAAUAGAAACAGCAGAAGACUUUGAUAGUUUUAUGGAGAAGUUUUUAUCUGGCAAAGUUCUAGCUAGUUUAUGGCUUGACCAUGUAGAAGGCUGGUAUGGUCACAAGGAUAACUUCAACAUUCUUUUUCUUACCUAUGAAGAAAUGAAGAAGGACCUGAGAAGUUCUGUAUUGAAAAUAUGCAACUUUCUAGGAAAGAAGCUGACUGAGAAAGAGUUGCAUGACGUUGUGGAUAAGGCUUCAUUUGAUAAACAGAGAAGAGAUCCCAGAACAAACUAUGAGCACUUGCCACCUGAUAUCAUAGAGAAAGGCAAAGGACACUUUCUCCGUAAAGGUACUGUUGGUGACUGGAAAAACACAAUGACUGUAGCACAGAGUGAAAGGUUUGACAGUGUUUUUAAGGAGAGAAUGCAAAAUCUGCCCUUCAGGUUUUGCUGGGAUAUCAAUGAAGAACUUCCAUCUUGAAAGAUGAAAAGGAUGUUCUGUGUUAAUUUAUCUGCCCAAAAUAAAAAACUGCAGCCUCCCAUUAGA